AUGCUUUUCUUCCCUAGGGGUCCAAAUCCCAGGGGCAAAUGUGAUGGGCAGGUGGGGCUUGAGCUCGGCCACGUCUGUAUGGACAGGUGGGGCUUGAGCUCGGCUAGGCUUGGAUCAUUUGUGGGUAAAUAUGGUUUUCUUCCCUAGGGGUCCAAAUUCCGGGGACAAAUGUGAUGGGCAGGUGGGGCUUGAGCUCGGCUAGGUCGGUAUGGACAGGUGGGGCGUGAGCUCGGCUAGGCUUGGAUCAUUUGUGGGUAAAUAUGCUUUUCUUUCCAAUUCCCAGGGGCAAAUGUGAUGGGUAGGUGAUUCUCAAAUAGCAUCGUGUAACUGUAAACAAAAUAUCAUUUUUUCACUUUGCAAUCAAAAAGGGUCAAGUGAUCGUCAGUCCCAAGAGUGAAGUAUUUGACAUUAUCAACACUUUCGGGUUUCUCAACUGCAAAUUUGAUUUGUUUUUGUGUAUUCUUUAGUCAUUUCUUGUCACAUUUGUCAAGAAAAUGAAAAUACGCAUGCUUUGCAUUGCCAAGGAGAAAAGAAGAAAAAAAAUGACCCUUUGAAGACAGUUGACUGAGAUGUUUGGAAACAUAUCCAUUUGUCAUCUGCAUGUUGUGUAUUACCUGAAAGGUUUGAUUCAAAUUCUGAACAAGUUAUGUGCAAUGGCGAAAUUUAUUAAUUCACUCUAGGGCGGAACGAUCGUUGGCAUGUUUUGUUUUUGUAUGAGUUUUUUUUUCUAGUAUCAGUUGUUAUUGUUUUGUUAAAAAUGUAUUGAACGUUGACGUAACUUGUGGAUAUACUGAUGUAUGGUGUUUUGUUUUUAUUUUUGUGGUGGCGGACUGUCGUGUCCAUGAGCUUUUAAGCAUGUACCUUAGUGGAUGACCAAAGUUCUAUAAAUGACAAGUCCUUUCUGUUAACCAGAUUGGUGAGUUAUUUGAUUAAAUUAAGACUGAUAAGAAAGUUCUAGUAUUAAACCUAUAUUAUUAUCUCGAUAGGUUUCCAUGUUUGGUGAUUAUCAAUACAUUGACAACAACGAAACCUUGGAGGAAGGACCUACUGGUUCUGGUGUUGGUGUGCAUGCUGGUGGGGGUGCUGCGGUUGCUAGUGUGGUUGCAGGGGCACAAAAUACUGCUGGCACGGGUGCUGUUGGUGCAGGUCCACGAGAUCCUGUCGGUGCAGGUCCACGAGAUCCUGUUGGUGCAGGUCCACGAGAUCCUGUUGGUGCGGGUCCUCCAGAUCCUGUUCGUGCGCGUCCUCGAGAUCCUGUUGGUGUGGGUCCACGAGAUCCUGUUGGUGCGCGUCCUCGAGAUCCUGUUGGUGCGGGUCCACGAGAUCCUGUUUGUGCGCGUCCUCGAGAUCCUGUUGGUGCGGGUCCACGAGAUCCUGUUAGUGCGCGUCCACGAGAUCCUGUUAGUGCGGGUCCACAAGAUCCUGUUGGUGCGGAUCCACGAGAUCCUGUUAGUACGCGUCCUCGAGAUCCUGUUGGCGCGUGGUCCACGAGAUCCAGUUGGUGCGGAUCCACGAGAUCCUGUUAGUACGCGUCCUCGAGAUCCUGUUAGUGCGGGUCCACAAGAUCCUGUUAGUACGCGUCCUCGAGAUCCUGUUGGCGCAGGUCCACGAGAUCCAGUUGGUGCGGGUCCACGAGAUCCUGUUGGUGUGGGUCCACAACAUCCUGUUAGUGCGCGCCCUCGAGAUCCUGUUGGCACCGGUCCACGAGAUCCUGUUAGUGCAGGUCCACAAGAUCUUGUUAGUGCGCAUCCUCGAGAUCCUGUUGGUGCGGGUCCGCAAGAUCCUGUUGGUGCUGGUCCUCCAGAUCCUGUCGGUAAGGGUCCACGAGAUCCUGUUAGUGCAGGUCCACAAGAUCUUGUUAGUGCGCAUCCUCGAGAUCCUGUUGGUGCGGGUCCGCAAGAUCCUGUUGGUGCUGGUCCUCCAGAUCCUGUCGGUAAGGGUCCACGAGAUCCUGUUAGUGCGCAUCCUCCAGAUCCUGUUGGUGCGGGUCUGCAAGAUCCUGUUAGUGCGCGUCCUCCAGAUCCUGUUCGUGUGGGUCCACGAGAUCCUGUCGGUGCGGAUCCAGAAGAUCCUGUUGGUGCGCGUCCACGAGAUCCUGUUGGUGCUAAAAAUACUCCUGCUUCUAGUGUGGGUGCUGGUGUCUGCCGUAGUGAAUCCCAACACAGGAAAAAAAGAAGAGGACAAGGCAGCAAAAAAAAAAAAAAAAAAGGAAAACAACACUGA